GAAACAAGCAUUCAGCUGCCCAGAAGAAUGAGGAUGCUGCUGCUCAAAGAAAAGCAGCUCUGCAGGUUGCUAUGAGAAAGAAGAUUGAGUGUGAGAAAAAAGCAUUGUCUGUUGUUGAACAGCUCCUGGAAGAGGACAUUACUGAAGAGUUCCUUCUAAAUUCUGGAAAAUUUAUUACUCCAUCUCACUAUAAAGACAUUGUUGAUGAACGGUCUAUCAUCAAACUAUGUGGUUAUCCUCUGUGUCACCAUAAACUGGAAAAUGUGCCAAAGCAGAAGUACAAAAUCUCAACCAAAACGAACAGAGUUUAUGAUAUCACUGAAAGAAAGUGCUUUUGUAGUAACUUUUGCUACAGAGCAUCUAAAUAUUUCGAAGCUCAAAUUUCCAGAAGUCCAAUAUGGAUGCGAGAAGAAGAAAAGCCACCAGACAUAGAGCUGCUGAAGGAGGGACAGAGUGGACAGUCUGGAGAAGAGGUGAAACUACGUGAUGAAGUAGUUAAAGCAUCUGACAUUGAAAAUCCUAGAAUAUCUUCAGAUCCACGUGAAUCUGGUUCUCAUGACACAGCCAGUGACAGCAGUAGUGAUACUGAACAAGAAUUUGUUUCUUCUGUCCUACCAGGAAGUCAGUCAAGUUCAGCCAAUUUGGCACAGCAAUUGCACAGAAAAAGCAUCCUCAAAAAGAAUCCUGCUCAGAACGUCUGUACCAGCCCUAAAACUGCAGAUUCAGAUGUGGCAGAAGCCACUGAACGACUCUCUCAUUGUAAAUUAGAUGCUCAGGAAGAAAAGCAAGCUUGCUCUGUUCAUAAUGAAAUAACUGCACCACCUUCAAAAAAUACUGCUCUGGGGAAAUCAAGUGCUUCAAAAAUCUCUGAAAAUACCUGUGGUUCAGAGAUAGUUUUUCUAGGUGUGAGCAAAAGAGGGGCAGAACAUCUUAGAAAAAUAGUAGCUAACUCAUCAGAAUAUAAAAAACUUGAACUGAGGCAUCCGGUUAAUUCCAAAGGCAGUUUACUCAACGUGCUUAAGCAAACGCUUACAGAAUGGAGAACUGAGGAAACUUUAAAAUUUCUCUAUGGUCCAGACUAUACUACUUUGUGCUCAUCAGAAUGCAUAUCAUCUGCCAACCAGGAGAGUGAAGAACUUGAUGAGGAUGACUUAGAUACAGCCGACGAUCUUAACGCUGUUGCUGUAGGGGAGCCUGAAAACAGCUUGAAUUAUUCUUUACCUUUCACAAGCUCAGGUGGAAUAGUUAAGCCUGUGCCUAGUUAUGAAAAGUUAAAAGAAGAAACGAAGUUACUAGAGCUCCGAGUAAAAGAGUUCUAUAAAGGAGAAUGCAUCUUGGCUGAAGAGGCAGCAACACAGGCACAAGAGGAAGAACAUCCAAGCAAAGACAAAGAUGAUCAACAGGAAGAUCUCACCUUCCCACUUGUUGAUUCAAAUGCACAAAUACAGAUCAGAAAGCGAAUCGUCCUUGAAAAGCUGCAAAAAGCAUUAACUAUAGUUUCGGGCCCUCUUCAGAUUGCUCCAGGUGAUGUUUACACCGAGCUAAAAAAUCUUGUCAAAACUUUCCGGUUAACCAACAGAAAUAUUAUUCACAAAAUGCCUGAAUGGACUCUCAUCACUAUCGUUUUGUUAUCUGUAUUGUCACGAACGACUCCACUUUUCAAGAAUGCUCAGACGAGCCCAAUGCACACACAGUUCCUGACUACACUGCUAGAAGAACUGCAUUUCACAAAUGAAGAUCUGGAGAGUUUAACAAGCAUAUUUAGAAGGGACUGCUGA